GACCAGGAACCCACAAAAAAAAAAAAGGAACCCACAACAACUGUUCUCGCUGGAAACGUCCCCACGUCGCCGCCCGAUCCGCCACCGCCGGCGGCAGGCAGCGGCCCAUUUUCUCGCUCGAAAUCAACGAACAACGCCGCGAUUCGCGCCCAUCCUCGUCGUCUCCACGGCAUUCCAUCGGAAUCGGCGUGCGGAUUUCGGCGAGUCCAGGGCCCGUCUGCGGCGCGGGAUUCCGUCGCGGGGAUCGGGGGGCCGCGAUGGCGGAGAACGGCGCGGCGGAGGUGCAGCUGCUCGAGGACGACGGCGACGAGGAGGAGUUCGAGGGCGACCGAGGUGCAUAUUGUGUGGGGGGAGCUUCCUCCUCAGACGGACCGUCUGUGACGAGUCCGGAGCACGGGACUAACGAGCAAGGAGGGGAUAGCACAGAGUGCUCGAGCUCGUUUGCAGACUCCUUUUGUGAAACUGGUGACGAGGCAGACUUUGGUGACCUGGAAGUGAAUUCACCCUUUUCAAUUCAUGCUGAUGGCGGUCAAGCCUCGGCGCUGCCCAGAAAGAAAAAGGUAACUUCUGAGUGGAGGAAUGCCGUCCGGCCAAUGCUGUGGAGAUGUGAGUGGUUAGAGCUGCGCAUGAAGGAUCUUUUAUCUCAAGUAUCAAAGUAUGAUAGCCAGCUUGCUCUCAUCAAGCAGGAAAAAGAAUUGCAGCGGGCAAUAAGCAACACAAAUGGUUCUAAGGCAGAAUCAGGAAAGAGCUACAGAGGCCAUGCAAAUACUAGCAUGGAGAGGAGAAAGCGGAAAAGACAUGAAGACACCGUGGACACUUCAUUGUACCUCAAGAAGCACCAGAUAUUAUCAUACUUCUUUGAUAAACAAAACAAGGGAGCUCAAACGGGUGACCUCUUAAUUGACGAUGAUAGUCAUGGUACAGUUGGAGAUGCUACUAAAGGUCUGCUUGAUAUUGUUGGUUUGCCUGCGUCCAAGGAAUAUGAUCUGGAUUCUAAGCAAUUCAUGUUACAGAAAAUUCUAUUGAAAAUUAGUGGUAUCCAGUCUCGAGUUCAUCGUCUACAAGAGCGUCUCAGGAAGGCUGGCUCCAAACAAGCAAAGCUGGCAUCUUUCAUGGAUCAUGCUGAGGUCAACGUGGCUGAGAAAAGGCAAAGGACACAAAAACGUUCAUUCUCUCCUGAGAAUGAUCGAUAUGCUAGACCACAGAAAAAGAAGAAGCUAAACAUUUUGCUGGAGCAGGAGAAUGGAACAGCUCUUCCAGUUAAGCCUACAUUGUCUGAGAGGGCAACUGAUUGUGUAAAAGAAGAAACACAGUGGGAUAGUGAAGAAAAAACUGCAGAGAGGAGCCAUGCACAUAAGAAAGCCAUCACAGUGGACCUACUCCUAGGUGCUGAAAGUUCCUUAGCAAAUGGUCAUUUGGGAGAUCUGUGCAAAGAAAAUGCUGAUGAUAUCCUCAUAGACAACCAAGGAGCCAAAGAAGGGUACCAGCCAUUUGAGAACGUCAAGCAUCCACUGGAGGAACCACCAGCGCUAACCGCGAACAUUGCUGAAACUGCUCCAUUGAAAGCUGGGAGUAUCUCUGAACCAGCCGAAGCUGAGAAAAUUUCAGUUCCACUGGUUAAACAAGAACAAGAACAGAGUCGUGCAAAAGCUCCAGCUUUGACGCUUGUGUACUCUGGAAGGAAAUGGAGAAGGCAGCCCAGGCCAGAAGUUGUGGCCUCGGCAGCUGCAUCCAAGAAUUACAAUAAAGGGGCCUCCGAAACACCUGCUGAAAACCAGAAGGCUCAGACCCCAACCGCUGCUGAAAAUGAGAAUGCUGGCCCAAAGAAGCAGAAAACCAUGGAUACUCGGUCAUAUUCAAAGUUGAACUCUGGUUCUUGUUUAGCUGCAAUGACGCCGAAAACUGGAAACUUAUCCUCGGCUGCAAAGACGCCGAAAACUGGAAACUCAUCCUCAGCUGCAAAGAUGCCGAAAAGCAGGAACUCAUCCUCAGCUGCUAAGACACCAAAAACUGGGGACCUAUCCUCAGGUAGAAAUAAGCAGGCACCUGGAACCUCAUCAGCAGCUGCAAAGAAGGCGAGAACUGGGAAUUCAUUCUCAGAUGUAAAGAAGCCGGCAACUGGAAAGCCGUUGGUGCCUGCAAGGAUGGAGAUGAGCAAAAACAUCCCCACCAAUAUGAGGAUCGAGAAGGCCAUCUUGGUGGAAGUGAACAGCAGGAGGAGUCAAAGGGUCCGGAAGCCCAAGGUUUACUGAGGCAGACAGACAGGACUAUUCGAAUUCAGGCUAGUGUAAUUAUAAGAAACAUGCCUCGACGUAGCCCUUUUGUCUCGUGUAAGUUCUAAGCUGUAUUGACAGUGGCGGCCGUUCGUGAGUUAAUCUAGUGUAGCUGUAUAGUUGUAAGGAUUACUGAAACAUAUGGUAUGUAUAGUUGUUAUUUGCUGA